AUGUCACAUUUUUAUAUAACUCUCCAUCAUAUUAAUCCUUCUCAAGUUAUUUCGUUAACACUUUCAAAUAUGGAUGAUACACCAGGUCAAUUUCAAUUAUUUUUUUCAUUAUUUUCUAUUAAACAAUUUAUUCGACUUGAAUCACUUCAACUAAUUCAACCGUUAAAUCCAACCAAUUUAAAUAGAAUUUUAAUUGAUAUACUUACACUUGAAUCUCUUAAAUCACUUUCAAUUAUUCAUUGUCAACCGUCAAGUGUUAAUCAAGAAACAUUUUUACUUUUCUCUUCAUUGAUUAAUACUUCUGCAUCUCUUCGUCGAUUAUAUCUAUCGGGUGCAUUAAACACAAUAUUCCACUCUAAAAUAACUUCAUCAGUAACUCAUCUUUGUUUUAAUAAUAAUAUAUUUAACUCAGUAACAUUAGAAAAUAUUGUUUCACGAAUGCCUUAUUUAAAAUCCCUUAAUACAGCCAUAACAUUAAAUAUGAAUUAUACUUAUUUAUCAUCACCUAUUCAUCUAACUCGAUUAACAAUGACUAUUUUUAUUAAUAUAAAUAAUUCCGAUUUAAUAAUUUUAUUAAAUAAAAUGCCAUCACUUGUAUUUUUUAACAUAACAGCUAGUGGAAAACAAUGGUUUAAUGGAAAUUUUUGGGAACAACAUCUACCAUUAACUCUUCGAACAUUUCAAUUUAAUUUUUGUACUCAAUCUAUACAUAUCAAUACACAAAUAAUUUUAGAAACAUUUCAAACACCAUUUUGGCUUAAAAUAAAACAUUGGUAUGUUAUGUUAGAUUGUCAAAUGAAUCAAACUAUGACACAUCUUUAUUCAUUGCCUUAUUGUGAUACACAAUUUUACUAUCGACCAUCAAUGAAUCCUACUCGUAAAUUUCGUUCAUCAGCACCCAUUGUUAAACCAUAUAUGAAUAAUGUAAAGAAACUUACAAUAGAUUUUUCAACAUUGAUCACUGAAUCUAGUUCAUCAUUAGCAUCUACUCAUUUCUUCUCGAAUAUUUCCACAUUAAUUUUAGUUGAUCAUGGAUGUUAUUCAUCAAUUCAAUUAUUACUUAAUUUUCUAGAGUGUAUUAUUGAUUUUACUCAAAUCGUUGAAUUAAAAUUAGGACAAUUUCAUCAUCCAGAUUUUAUACGUAUUUUAUAUAAUCGUUUACCACGAUUAUAUUCUCUUCGAAUAUCUGAAACUCUAUAUAGUAAAUUACAAAUGCUUGAUUUUCGUAAUAUACGUUCUUUAAACAUCUGUGAUUGUCUAACAAAUAUCGGUGGAAUGGUUUGCAUGUUUCCUUCUAUUGAAUAUCUUUGUGUACGAUCAACGACAUUUGAACAUAUGCGACAAAUGAUUGAAUUAUUAGGAAAAACAUUAAUAAAUGUAACAUUUAGACAUACAAAUCAAAAGUUCCAAGAACAAAUUAUAAAAUGGUUAUAUGAAUAUUAUGAUAAACAUCGACAAUUUUCUUAUGACAUAGAUGAACAUAUGAAUUUACAUAUUUGGCUAAGUGAUUUAGUGGUAUAA